GGCUAUUUUUGAAGUUUGCAAACAAAAAACAGCUACACGGGAUGACUGGCUAGACACGAGAAGACUUAAGCUUUCUGUGCAUGUUAUAUCCAAGGCUUUAUACAAGGAGAAUAGCAGAAACUGUACAUCAGUCUUAAUGGUAUUGGCAUCAUAACAUACUGAAGCAUACAAACGCUAAGGGCGAAAUUUGAGGCACUUUCGAUCCCGUCCCCGACCAACAAUGAAAAAUAAAUACAGUUUAAAUGUAAUUGCAAUCGUGAUCACGCGGGAACUUGUGAUGCCUUGUAAUUCUGAAAGGAUAAAAUAAACAUAUUUCGAAUGCAGCCCGAAUGUGCGCUGACACAGCAUGCGAAACAAGCUUUAAGAAUCAGGUGUGCGCUUUUUAUAACCAGUGAGUCACUGCGGUCUCAGGAAUACACUGCAAGACUUUGGCUUGAUAUGCAUCAUCUCGAGAUCACGACCCAGAUGAAUUUCACCCGGAUCAACAUAUAAAGCCUUUUCAUUAUUUGCUUUAAACGCCUGCCCAGCCUUCGUUUAAGUUUCUGUGCUAAGGAUGUGGUCCUGCGGCUAAACUGGAUUUGAUUUAUCAGCCAAGCCCCCACUGCAAACGGCUGUGCUUUUCAUAGCGCCAGGAUGGAAACUUAAUCACCGGUAGGAUGCGCCUGAUGAAUAGUGCUCAGUGAGGAUGCUGCCACUGUGAAUGUGAAAUCGAUGGGAAAUACUUGCCAUGUGAGAGAGCCUUUGACAGCUGAGCAAUCCGGAGGUUCGAUCUUCCUGCGUCGCGAGUGGAUAUAGACCGGAGUCGCUUCCUAAGUGCCGCUGCAGCGGAGAGCGCCUCCUCUGGCCGGGAGGAGGCGGUGCGAGCAAAAUGGCGGCCGCAGCGCAGACGUGGGCGGGGCUUCGGGCGGGGCCGGGGCUCCUCCUCCAACUGUGGGUGCUGGGCGUGGCUCUGAUGGGCUUCGCGGCGGCCCUGGAGAAGGUGGACGACGCAGAUCCCGUGGUGACCACCGUCUACGGGAAGUUGCGAGGGUUCAAGAAGGAGUUGCACAACGAGAUCCUGGGGCCAGUGGUGCAGUUUUUAGGCGUGCCCUACGCGGCACCCCCUAUCGGAGACAGACGAUUCCAGCCCCCGGAGCCGCCCACCUCGUGGCCUGACACCCGAAAUGCCACCCAGUUUGCGCCAGUCUGCCCCCAAACCAUCCAAGAGGGGAGGCUUCCGGAAGUCAUGCUGCCUGUGUGGUUUACCAACAGCAUGGAAAUUGUGUCUUCGUACGUCCAGGACCAGAGCGAAGACUGCCUUUACUUAAACAUAUACGUUCCCACAGAGGAUGGUCCUCUUACAAAGAAACAGAAUGAGGAUUUAGGUGAUAAUGACGGUGCUGAGGAUGAAGACAUCCGUGAAGGUGGGAGUCCGAAACCGGUCAUGGUGUUUAUCCAUGGUGGAUCGUAUAUGGAAGGCACUGGGAAUAUGUUUGACGGAAGCAUCUUGGCGAGCUAUGGCAAUGUCAUCGUCAUCACAGUGAACUACCGGCUUGGAGUGCUAGGGUUUCUGAGCACUGGUGACCAAGCAGCUAAAGGAAACUAUGGACUUCUGGACCUCAUCCAGGCGCUGCGCUGGACGAGUGAAAACAUUGCUUUCUUUGGUGGUGACCCGCUACGCAUCACUGUUUUCGGGUCCGGGGCCGGCGCCUCCUGUGUAAACCUCUUGACCCUGUCCCAUUAUUCUGAAGGUAACCGUUGGAGCAAUUCAACCAAAGGAUUAUUUCAGAGAGCUAUAGCACAGAGUGGAACAGCUCUAUCGAGCUGGGCUGUUAGCUUCCAGCCAGCCAAGUAUGCCCGGAUUCUAGCUAAGAAGGUGGGCUGUGACCUAGAAGGCUCUUCCGAGCUUGUGGAGUGUCUGCAGAAGAGGCACUACAAGGAGCUGGUGGACCAGGAUGUUCAGCCGGCCCGGUACCACAUCGCCUUUGGGCCGGUCAUCGACGGAGACGUCAUUCCUGAUGAUCCGCAGAUCCUGAUGGAGCAAGGGGAGUUCCUCAACUAUGACAUCAUGCUGGGUGUCAACCAGGGAGAAGGGCUAAAGUUCGUCGAGCUCAUUGUGGAUAACGAGAACGGUGUCCAGGCUAACGAUUUUGACUAUGCUGUCUCGAGCUUUGUGGAUGACCUGUACGGAUACCCAGAGGGCAAGGACAUCCUGAGGGAAACUAUCAAGUUCAUGUACACAGACUGGGCAGAUCGGCACAACCCCGAGACAAGAAGGAAAACUCUGCUGGCCCUCUUUACUGACCACCAGUGGGUAGCGCCCGCAGUAGCCACAGCUGACCUUCACUCCAGCUUUGGAUCUCCUACUUACUUCUACGCCUUCUACCACCACUGCCAGACAGAGCAGGUGCCACCGUGGGCAGAUGCAGCCCAUGGGGACGAGAUCCCCUAUGUAUUUGGGCUGCCCAUGAUUGGGCCCACCGACCUGUUCCCGUGCAACUUCUCCAAGAAUGAUGUCAUGCUGAGUGCUGUGGUGAUGACAUAUUGGACGAACUUUGCCAAAACUGGUGACCCUAAUCAGCCAGUUCCCCAGGACACUAAGUUCAUCCACACCAAGCCAAACCGCUUUGAGGAGGUGGCCUGGACGCGAUACAACCAGAAAGACCAGCUGUAUCUGCACAUCGGCCUUAAGCCCCGCGUGAAGGAGCACUACCGUGCCAACAAGGUUAACCUGUGGCUGGAGCUGGUUCCCCAUCUGCACAGCCUCAACGAUGCCACCCAAAUCAUCUCCUCUGCCAGCACUCCUCCCCUACCAGAGACCACUUCCGGGACGCCAAAGAGAACCCCUCCCAUGCCCACCCGGCGACCCAACCCGACCCCCUUCCCCACCGAGAGCCAGGACGGCCACGACCAGCUGGAGCGGCCAUUCCCGGUGGACCAGAGGGAUUAUUCUACGGAGCUGAGCGUCACCAUCGCGGUGGGAGCCUCCCUCCUCUUCCUCAACAUCCUGGCCUUCGCCGCGCUCUACUACAAGAAGGACAAGCGGAGACAAGGCGCGCAUCAGCACUGCACCCCUCAGCGGCGUACUGCCAACGACAUCGCCCACACGCAGGAGGAGGAGAUCAUGACCUUGCAGAUGAAGCACACGGAUGCCAACCACCAAUGUGAUGGCAUCCAUCCACAUGAGGUGGUGCUCAGAACUGCCUGCCCACCUGACUAUGCCCUAGCCAUGAGGAGGUCCCCCAAUGACCUCCCUCUUAUGACCCCCAACACCAUCACCAUGAUCCCCAACAGCAUCCAACCCCUGCACCCUUUUAGCACCUACCCCAGUGGGCACAACCACACCUUACCACAUCCCCACCCGCACUCACAUUCAACUACUAGAGUAUAGCUGGUGUGCUGUCCACAGAUGUAUAUGGGUCUUUUAUUGCUGAGAGGGGAAGGCAUAUGUUAAUUGGAAAGCGAAAAAACUGAACUAAACCAAAAUGGAAACAAUCUCUUGUGUCUUUUUUUUUUUUUUUACAGAAACGCAAUUUAAAAAGUUUUUUGCUGUGGCUUCAAUUGAGGAAUUUCACAGGGACUGCUUGACGCAGCCAUUCAGAACGAAGAACAUGGGACAAAAAUACAUUUUAUAAAUGAAACCUUAAUAGACAUCAGACUUUACCUGUUUUUGUCCUUCCUGGAGAAAAGAUGCUACUCAUGUUUUCUGCAGUUGGAGUGGGAUUUUGGGGAGUUGGGGGCAUAACAUAUAUUUUGAGACUUCAAAAUAUGCACACAUGAGACAUGUCUCCUUUUAUCAGUUUAUUUUUGGGGAAGCGUUUAAUUGUGUAUUUACAUAUCAAGAUGCAUAUACAUUAAGCACCAAUGCUGUUUAAGCCCUUGGAAGGUGCCAACACUGCAGUGUGCCAACAGAACAAACGAGUAUAGUAACCUUCUGGCAGAUUCUUACCAUAGGUGCUGUCUACUGAGAGCUGGCAGGCAGAGAAAACCGGAUAUUUUUAGCACGAUGCGCAUGACAAUUUAUCUGCUUAGUGGCUGUUCUGCUGAUUAAGUUGUAAUUAAAAUAAGUUGACUUCCCACUGGAUUAAUUUUCAUGAACUACUCCGAUUGGCUCACAGGUGACAGAUGCGACAGUGAUGCAGGGAAGACUUGGGAGAAAGAGGGUAAAGAUAAUCACAGUGCAUACCCAAUAGGUCGAGUAAACAUCUAGUUUUGUAUGAUGGGCAUUGGUCCCACAUUUUGAUAUCAGUAAAAUACUAAUUUUUGUAAAUGCAGAGGACAUUAGUUGUAUUAUUUUUCUAUGUCCUUAAUCAUCUGAUUACCCAAAGGCUACUGAUCACCUCUUGCUAAUACUCAAUGUCACAUUACCCUGGACAAAUUUCCUGUUUUUCCUUUAUUGCUUAAUGGCUUUUCAGCAUUAUGAGGGUGCUGUCUAAGCAGAGGGAAUAACACAAUUGGCUGCUUAAAAGGUGUUAUUUACUCUUGGGAUUCUUUUACUUGGUGCUCGGGUUGUCAUGUGGUCUUCUGCCUAAAGUAACUGAUGUGGAUUCAAUAAAUAUUUUCUCUUAAUUUUGACUUAUAAAUUUAAAAUAGUUUAUUUCAUUGUUUUAAAAACGCAUUUUGGAAAGUUCCCGAUUGUUGACAGCUGAACUCACCAAUACGUGCUGAUGAAAAUAAAAAAAACUGACCGUUACAUGUAAUUGUCAAAGUGAAGGACAAACAUUCGUUGGAUCUAGGCCAUAACUUCCCCAUGUUUCAAUGAAUGAAAGCAGCCUGCCACCCCAGCAUAUAUUUCUCACACUAAAGUCUCAAAAAUUGUAACAUAUAUUACUUUCCUCUCUGACUUUUUUGUAUAUUUAAGAGUUUCAGUUCAGGGUGGUUUUAUUAUUUUAAGUUUUUUUAUACUGAUUCUGACUUCUGAAGUUAUUACAGGACGUGACUUUGUCAAAGCCUAUGCUAGCACUAUUAUCACCCUUGUGUCCUACAGACACUAGACAACACUUAAUGGCUUUUAUAAUGCCACAGUAAAUCUUCACUGAGUGAGCUAGUAGUGUUGGCCCAGCACAGUGUCUCCUACAUCCACAAAUUAGUGGAAUCUGUUUGAGGAGGCUGGAGCAGUGGUAAAACAGUGUUCUUGAAUACAUGCAUAAACACAAGAUGUCACAUGUUGGCUGGUUUGUUGUUCCAAAAACUGCCCUCUUUGGUCUCACAGUUGUCUGGUCAUAUUUUUGUAAAAGUGACUGUGAAGAAUGCAAAUCUAUUAUUUUCCUAAGGGCUUAGCUGUUUAUCCACCAAGAAGAAAAGCACCUUCUCCUUUCGACAGCUUUUUUUCUUAGCCAUCAGGUGACAAUGUCAAGUAGUGAUCAGAGAGCCAGAUUUCUGAGGUGAAAUCCCCAUAGCAAUCCCCAAAUUGCUAUUGUACUCUUGUGCAAGAAACCUAAACUUAGCUUAAUCAAAUGCCCACAAUGAAGCCAUCUGGUAUGUGAUAACUAGUAUGUAACUGGCAACUGGGCGGAGUCAAAGCACAUUCUUCACUUAUAGAAAUAUGGGGCAGAACAGGGUCAAUAAUGUGACACUUCAAUAUUCUUAAUGGUCUUGUUAAUCUGUCUGUUCGUGCCAGUUAUGCCAUAGCUUAAAAAAGGCAAUUAGUCAAACCUGUAACUGAACUGCUGAUAAAAAGAUAUUAACUUUCUGCUGCAAUUUGCGCUGUCAUUAUCUGAGCUACCACAUCUCCUAUAGCCGGCACAUACUUCUGACUGAUAAUGGGUUGCGAUACACAGGGAGGAAUACACACAAUACAUUUAGAAUAUACUGAGAAGACAAAAGGUACACUCAUUCAACCGGGGCACAAAUAAACCAAUGAAACUUCAGCAAUUAUGCAUUAAUAUCAAUACAAGGUUUGUUGACAGACAGUCUAAGGACCCCUAACCAGUCAUAUGCUGACCCCAUGUGAUACACCCUCAGCAAAGAUGAGAACCGCUAAACACAGUUCAAGACUUGUACCAUCUACAGCCCUUCCUGAGGCUCCCUGUUUUUUAAUUGAGAGGAGGGGGUGGGGGGGGGGGAUUAAGCUAAAGAACAGUCUCUCAUUGAGCAACCCUCCUCUGAAGAUCAAAUUAACACCUAAGAAGCAGUCAGUGGGGGAUUCUUCAAGAAUUUCAGAUGCUGUCUGCAGGGCUGGAAGACAAAGGUGACUGUUAAUGAAUGUAGGAAAAUGAAUGCCAUUCCUCCCAAUCAAAAGCAUGGAGCAGUUAUGGGUUAAAAGGUCAGUUUAAAUCAGCUUUUACAGAUUUAUGCAUGCACUUCAUUCCCACUUUAUUUUAAGAUGGUGAUACACCAUACAGUACAUUACUCACUAUGUAAUUAACUGCUUUAUAAUGUUACCUUGACACUUAAGCAUUCAUCAGAUGCUUUUAUCCUCAAUGACCUAUACAGCAAUGUGAAAAAUUAAGUACACCCUCUUCCAGUUCUAUGGAUUUACAUAUUAGAACAUAACUAGCCCUCUUCUAGUCUCACUACAUCCUAACAGUGAAUGUAUCUAACCUCAUAUGACAAAGCACUCUUCUUGAUUUCAUAUCAAUUUAGAUGGUAAUUGGCACCAGGAUUAGCAGACGAGGAUUGGUUACUGUAUGUGUUAAUCCAUAGAAUUGAAAGAGGGUGUACUUUCUUUUUCACAUGACUAUACGUAAGUGCAUAUACCAGAUUUGUAACAUCUAUGCAACAACACUGACUAAUUUGGAAGAGGAUGUUGAUAAUAAUAUACUGACCAAGCUGUAACCCAUUUAAGUAAAUGUUUCAAGUUACAGUUACAGAGCAGUUACAUGUGUCAUUUGUGUACAUUGAAGUGUAGCCUACUUACUGCCCUUUUAAUUUGAACACCUGCAUUUCUCUGUCUAAAUUAUGACUAUUCUACGGAAUAUUCUAUGGUAUUUCACAGCAGAUCAUAAGAACUAAAUUCAGUUCUCAUAUUUAUGUUUUUAGCAUUUGUUAAACAUUUAAUAAUUGUGUGUAUUUUUUUCUUUUUCACAUUGAUGGAAAAUCAAGAUAUAUAAUCAUUUUGUCACUGAUUAAUGUGCUUUGUGAUUCUUUACAGAAUUCCCAUGCUGGCACAAAGGCACUUUCAAAAUGUGACCUAUUCUUUCUUUUUUUUGUUUUUUUGUUGACGGAAUGUCUUUAUACAGUCCUCAGCAUCCCAUUUCAGUUGCUUUGUAUGGGGAUCAGCUUAAUACAGUCAGCCAUCACAGACAUAGAUUUUUGAAGCUAUUUACUUUCUUGUGACAAAACAAACGGAUCACAUGACUUAUGUUUAUACAAAAAAAACUGUCAGUAUUUGUUUUUUGUGAGCGACUAGAGAAAAAAUAAUGCCUAAUGUCAGUGAAUAUCAAUAAAAUGUGGAAACAUUUUGUACAGCCUUUCAGAUUCAGUUAGAUACUGACUGUAACACCAGACAUUAAAGCUGCUCAAAGGCA